AUGGAACCUAGAGUUUCGGAGUUCCAUGUUCCAUGUUUUGGAGUUAGCUUCGACAUCAAUGCCAAGAACCCACAUGACAUCAAGACCACGAGAAAAGUGAUCAACAUAGCCAGAAGUGUUGAUGGCCCCGCCAAGGUGGUCAACGAAAACGGCAUCAACACGAAGAUGAGCAGUGGAAUCGAGCAGGCGCAUACUGCAAAAACUCGGCUGAAUAGCGGCUCAACGCUCACCAAACUUAGACUCGAACCAAAUUGCUCACCUAAAGCUACCGUCAUCGGAAGUCCUAGCGAUCUGCUGAAUUCUGAGUGA